AUGGACCAAACCCUAGCCCUGAUCCUCCACGGCUGCAACUUAGCCCGGCAGCUGGAAUCCAACCUCGUCCACUUCGCCCAAAACCCCGAACCGCUCGCCAAAUCCUGCGACGAGAUACUCACCGUCUUCCUGACCUGCAAGGACAGGCUGCAGCUUCUCUUCCGACAGAGCAACCCUCCUCCUCCUCCUCAGCCGCUGCAGGCGGUCAAUGCGGUUGACCAGAGCGGGAUCCAGCAGUGGCUGAGGACCGCCGCCAUGGAGAGGCUCCACGCGCAGGUUCUCGAGAAUAUGGCUGCUUGCACUGGCAGCAGCAGCGCUUCGGUGGCGGCGGCCGGUACGGUGGCGGAUUCGGCGGCGGUGCGGGCGGUGGCAGCGUCCUCGUCGGGGAGGGACGAAAUAGAGAGACGAACGAUAAGGGUACCGGUUCCUCGAAUUGGGAACACAGAAGUCCCACCGGAGGAUGGUUUCACUUGGAGAAAAUAUGGCCAAAAGGAGAUUCUCGGCUCUAGAUUUCCACGGGGUUACUUCAGAUGCACGCAUCAGAAGCUGUACCACUGCCCAGCCAAGAAACAAGUCCAGCGGCUGGACAACGACCCGGACACCUACGAGGUCACCUACCGAGGCCAGCACACCUGCCACAUGUCCGCCACCGCGCCCUCCGUCGCUCCCCCGCCGCCAGACGCCCAGCUCACCGCCGCCACCACGUCAGCCCUUCACCAGGCAAUCUCCGCGGCCGCCGCCCAGCAGCAGCAGCAGCAGCAGCAACAACUCAUCGCCAACUCCUCUUCGUCAAUGGGCAGAUGGGCGAUGGAGUUCAGGCUCGGCGGCGGCGGAGAGGCGGCGGCGGGACCCUCGUUGAGAUUCGGCAGCGGCGGCGGCGGAGGGAGAGAUCAUAUUCAUCAGGCGGAGUUCCCGGUGACGGAUAUGGCGGCGGCGAUGUUUAGUUCGGGGAGCAGUAGUACGAACAGCAUGGAUCUGAUCUUUAACGCCGCCGUGGAUGUUCUUCCUCCGGCUGCCGGCGGUCUUGAUCACGAUCAAGAUCAAUACGACGACGUCAAGCAAUUGGCAGGUGAUCGUGGGAAGGGCAAGUUGGUUUGA